CAAUUUUUAAAACUGAAAAAAGCAACUGCAUAAUGCUGACAGUGAAGUUUAAUUUAUGAAAUUAAAAUUGCAAUGAUUCAAUCUCUGUCACAGUAACAAUAAAGUUUUUAUAAACAUCCUCAGAAACAAUAGAUACUAUGUCUCACCUUCAUUUUAACAUGUACUAUAACCCAUCCCAUUAUCUUCUAGGUCGAAUCAUUGUUUUUCUUUUUUUGUUAACAUUUUCAAGAAUGUUGGAAUGAUGUAGACUAAACCAUUAUUUUAUGAGAAGUCAGAAAAAAAAACUGCUUUAGUCGUAGAAGAAUGCUGGUCAGCUCUUCCCAAAACCAACUAGCCCCAGUGUUUGGACAACUCGUUCCAAACUUUAGGCUACUGUCUGUAAAUAAUUGUGACGAAAUUAAAAACAGACGUCUACAACUUUUGUGUCAUUUUAUGUAUUAUAUUACAGUGAAACUCCGAUAUGACCACAUAUUAAAAUGGUUUUAUACUGGGGAGAUCCAAUAAUCAAUUACAAUGAACUGUCAAAAUACGUUUGUGAGUUUGUCCCCUAUAUCCUCAAAGGAAUGAUCAGGCAAGGCUUUUGGACUCGGGACUGGUGUAUAUAUUCAACAAUAUUUAAUGUAUAUUAUUGCUUAAAAUAUUGGUAUGUUUAAUUAAUAAAACUGAAAUAAUAUGAGUUGACUAAACAGUGUGGGGCGAGUUGGUAGGGGGUGACUUGGUUCUGGGCGAGUUGACCUACUCCCCUCUAGAGUCUUACCCACAGGGUUUGCCUUUUUUAUACUACAAGUCAAGUAUUUCUAAACCGAUUGUUUUUAACUUGCAUACAAAAGUACUAUAUUUUUGUUAUUGCCAAAACACUUCUUACAUCAAACCAAACUGGUAUUUCAAAAAAAAACCCACACUUUUUUUUCGAAAGAUGGGACUGACUAAAAGUUGCUGAAUAAAUAUUUGAUUUAUUUGGAUAUAAUUUUUUUUUUUUUUUUUUUUUUUUUUUCAGGGGAACAAUACAUUUUUUUCCAUCUGCUAAAUAAUUUAAAUGGAUCUGCAUCACGACCUGUAUUUUGCUGUAGACUGCGAUGACCCAGGUAAACUUGAAGCAUUAAUCACGAGCGGUGUUAAUGUAAAUGCAAUAUUUGAAGAUGACAUGAACAUCAGUACGCAGACCAUCCUUCAUUUCUGUUGUGUGAAGGGAAGAACCCAGUGUGCCAGAAUCCUCGUUGAAGCAGGUGCAAAUUUAUACGCUCGAGACAACUGGGGUCUCACACCAUUGAUACACGCUGUUGGUGCAAACUGCACCGAGAUUGUCGAACUUUUGCUAGCCAAUGAUCCCGGUCUGGUGGAUAUUCAGGACAAUUAUGGUAAGUCAGCCCUCCACUGUGCCGUUAGUAACCAGUUUGAGGAUUGUAUCAGGAUACUGCUGAAGUACGAUGCCUAUGUCAAUAUUCAGAACGAUGAUGGUGUCACGCCCACCUCCACGUGUUGUCUGGUCAAGGAUGAAGACUAUGACCCCUGCAACAUUCUGAGAAUGCUGAUAGAAGCAGGCGCGGAUGUCAACAUGAAGGAUGGAAGGAGUAAACGGACUCCUUUACAGAGUGCUUGCCUGACAAAAAAGACUGAUGCUGUUGAACUCCUGCUUGCCACUGGCGCUGACCCAAACACACUGGAUGCAGCUGGCCGUACACCCCUGACGAACCUGAUAUACGAAUGUAUUCGGAGUUACCACAGCACACAUUUCAUAGACUCGGACGUAAGCGCCAUCAUGAUCAUGCUGAUUCAGGGAGGCUCGGACAUCAACAUGAUGACCAGUCCAGAAAGCAACCCAUUGAUUGCAGCUGUGUCGGUCAAGGCAGCACCUCUUGUUUCAUUCUUCCUUGAAAACGGGGCAGAGCCUGAUGUUAAAUUUGUGACUGGUGUUAACCCACUACUGUUAGCUGUGAACAGGCAGGACAUCCCCACUGUUAAAAUCCUGCUUCACUGGAACUGUGACCCAUACAUAAGAGGACGAAUCUUUAAGAGGCGGCAGAAUAUUGAGCACUUGUUUGAUCCAUUUGAACUGGCAGUUUUCGAGAGGCAUUUUGAAAUAAUGAAGCUUAUGUUCUCUUCGGGCUACAACCAAACACACAUUUUGAAUCUGUUUAAAAGAAAAGAUCUUCCAUCGUCUUUUCAUGCCGAUGAAGAUGUUAUGUCGUGGGUUCAGGAUCAGGCAUCAUUGCCCAGGUCAUUGUUGAGUCUGAGUGUUUUUGCUGUUAGGCAGGUGUUAAGACGGCGGGUGGUUUCAGACACUGACCAACUGCCGCUUCCAACACGGAUAAAAGAUUUGGUGCUUCUGAAAAAUGUGUUGAGCUCCGAUGAAUGAUCCAAGUUAAAAUGUUUUUUUUUAUAAGUGAAUCCUAUGAUUUUCUAAGCUUUGCACACCCAGUGGUUUUUUGUGUGUGUGUUGGGGUGUUGUGAAAUACUCAUAAUAUUGUUGUCUCCUGCAGCUAAAUACUUGAGGUCAUCAUUAUUAUCACCGGUUCUCCAGCACAAUUUUAUGUGAAACACUGAAUCACUCGUAGUACGGCCAAUUUCCAUCAAUGUAAUUUUGCGCAGGUGAGUUUAUUGAUACAAUACAUUUAUGUUGUACUUUUUUAAGAUACAAGAUUUGAUUGAUUAGUGAUUUUUCCACAUUUUCUUUCAAAACAAAGUAUUUACAUUCGGUUUAAAAGGACAUUUUAAUGACGUAAUUUUUUUUAUGGUGAUCUGCUUGCGAAAACGCAGAAUCGUGUUAAUGGAAAACAGGCCUAAUGGUUGAAAACUAAAUGUCUGGUAUCCUUUACAUACCAGUGGUUUCUUUUGAAAGAUAACUAUUAACUGGUCUAUUGUUGUUUAUGAAAUAUAUUCUUUAUAUUUAAAAAAAUGUUCACCCUGGUUUUGGGUACAACACGUAGCUCGGUGGUAAAAUGCUUGCUUCAUGCACGGUUGGUUUGUGUGAUUUCUCGUUCCAGCCAGUGCACUACGACUGGUAAAUCAACGGCUGUGGUAUGUGCUAUCAUGUCUGUGGGAUGGUC